AGUGCCGGCACAUGUUUGCUGAAGGCGCCAUGGAGAGGAAGACCAGGGACCAUGGAGGACAGGUGGACCCCUCACCUGGUGACAAGUAGUACUACUUUGUCUUUUCAACGUCCAUAAAAAGUGAGGAAUGUCCCGGCAAAGCUUGUCCGCCGCGCUGCUCGUGCUGGCGCUGCUUUGCGCCCGCUCCCUCGCCGACCUCUUCAACCUGACGCUGUCCGUCAAGGAAGGCCUGCCCGCCAAAACCAUCGUCGGGGACCUGGCGGCGGGCCUGAGCCGUCCCGGCGGCACCGGCUUCUUCAUCUCGGAAAGCCGGGACUCGGACGUCUUCCGAGACUUGGAGAUCGACGCGGACACGGGGAUCAUCUCUACAGCUGUGGUCCUGGACCGCGAGACCAGGGCGAGGUACGACUUUGUGGCGGCCACCCUCGCAGGGGAGAUGAUCAGGGCGAGGAUCGAGGUGCGGGACGUCAACGAUCAUUCGCCGGAGUUCCCCUCGGAGGAGGUGGACUUGGAGGUGUCGGAGCUGAGUCCAUCCGGGAGCCGCUUUCACCUGGACGGAGCUCGAGACCAGGAUGAGGGCGACUUUGGUACACAGGGGUACAGAAUCCGAGAGGCUGAGAUAGGAGAGAUUUUCCAACUGGAGCAUCGAAGCGCUGCUACUGAAAAUAGUCUGGAUUUGGUGCUCAUGAGCAAAGUGGAUCGAGAAGCUCAGGACUCGUACUCGCUGACAAUCGAGGCCUUUGACGGCGGCGUUCCAGCCCAGACCGGGACACUAAAGGUCAACAUCCGCAUUCUGGAUGAGAACGACAACCCGCCUGUGUUCAACCAGACCGAGUAUCAUGCGUCCGUGUCAGAGAACGCUGCGGUUGGAUCGUCGGUGUGCCGAGUCCACGCCACAGACCUGGACCUGGGCGGAAACGGCAGAAUCACCUAUGAGAUCAACCGGCGACAGAGUGACCCCAACCAGUUUUUCUCCAUCAACCAAACCACCGGAGUGGUUCAUCUCAACAAACCGUUGGAUUUCGAAGCGCAGGGUUCCCACGAGCUGAUCGUCACCGCCAGAGACGGCGGCGCCCAGCCGGAGUCCGGCAGCACGUUCCUGGUGGUGAAGGUGCUGAACGUCAACGAUAACAGCCCCUCCAUCGGCGUCCUGUUCCUCAGCGAGACCGGCGAGGCGCUGGUGUCGGAAGACGCUGGGAUAGGAGACUACGUUGCAAGGAUUUCUGUGUCCGACCCGGAUUUCCAGGGAGAGACGAUCUCUGUGGUCCUGGAGGGCGGGGAUGGGAAGUUCACCUUGAAGCAGACUGACGACUUCCUGUACGCUUUGUGUGUGGACGCAGAGCUGGACAGGGAAGACGAGGACCUUUACGAGCUCAAGGUCCGUGCGUUCGAUCUCGGGAGCCCCCCUUUGAGCAGCGAGAUGGUCUUCCUCGUCAAAGUAGCCGACACCAAUGACUCCCCCCCGGUCUUUGAGAAGGACGUCUUCAUUGUUAGCAUCGCCGAGGAUGCUCCUAAGGGGACCUCCCUCAUCCAGAUCCGGGCCCGGGACCAGGACCAAGGCGCUAACGCAGACAUCAACUACUCCAUCCUCAAGUCCAACCAGGACAGCCUGGUGAGCGUUGACACCUGGUCCGGUCUGGUCAGCACAGCAGGUGACCUGGACAGGGAGACGCAGGCGCCGGUGUGGUUUCUGGUGUUGGCGGAGGACCUGGGGGAGCCGCCUCUCUCGUCCACCGCCACCGUCACCCUGCUGCUGGAGGACGUCAACGACAACGAGCCCGCGUUCCCGCGGCGACUCUACAACGCCAGCGUCCCCGAGCACAGUCCAGCUGGGAGCUGCUUCUUACGACUUGUGGCCGAAGAUGCAGACAGUCCGGAUUUCGGCACGCUGGUCUACUCUUUGUCUGAUGGCUUCGACCAGUCGGACCAAAACCUUCUCUUCCACAUCAACCCGCAGACUGGAGAUCUGUGCGUCUCCCAGGACAUCGACAGAGACGCGGGACAGACGCACCACGACAUCCUGGUCACAGCUGAGGACCCGGGAGGUCUGAGCGCACAAACCUACGUACACGUGCACAUCGAAGACCUCAACGAUAACGCGCCGGUGUUCAACCCUGAGGACUACGCCAGCAGCAUCAGCAGCCACGCUCAGCCCGGCGCCGAAAUCCUCAACGUCGUCGCCACCGACGCCGACUCCGGACGCUUUGGUUGCGUCACCUACGCCAUCCUUCCUGGCGACAUGUCCGCCUUGUUCGCCAUCAACCAGCAAACAGGGAUGCUCUACCUGGCCUCCACGCUGACUCACCUGGGGGGCGUGGCCAGCGUGAAGAUCGCCGUCACGGCGCAGGACGGCGCGGGCGUGACCUCAGCCCGACCGGCGGAAGUGACCGUUCACGUUCUGGCGAGCGCUCAGGCUCCAGCCGUGUUCCAGAGGUCCCGCUACACCUUCAGCGUACCCGAGGACGCCGACCCGGGUACCAGCGUGGGGACUGUGCGGGCCACCGGUCCAACUGGAUCGGUAUCCUACAGAAUCUCCUCUGGUAACCUCCAGGGUCUGUUCCGCGUCCACGCCGAGUCGGGUCUAAUCAUCAGCGUCAAACCCCUGGACCACGAGUCGCUGCCUGGCGUCCUGCUCUUCGUUCAGGCCUACACCGACUCCUCCGACGUCUACAGCACCACCCAAGUCAACAUCUCCAUCCAGGACGUCAACGAUGUGGCCCCCGUUUUCCCAAAGCCCAAGGACGCCAUCACGGUGUCCCAGAACACCCCCCCGGGGACGGUGCUGUUCAUCGCUCACGCCCACGACUAUGACAGCGCAGCCAACGGGAGGGUGUUUUACUACCUGAAAGCUCGGAGCUACAACAACGUGUUUGUGGUGGAUCCCCACUCGGGAACUGUCACCCUAAACCAAAGUCUACAGGAGGACCCUCAGCAGAGCUACGACUUGGACAUCGUGGCUGAGGACGAGGGAGAUCCUCCUCUGAGCUCCCCGCUGGCUCUAACCGUUAACGUUGACCGCACCACUUCCAAAGACGGCCUCGCCUUCGAGACUCUGGUCUACCAGGUGGAGAUUGGCGAGGGCUACCGUAAGGAUUCUAGGGUAAUCCAGGUGAGGGCGCACCGGAGUCAAGGAGUCUCCCAGCCGGCCAUCACUUACUCUUUGGUUGGAGACCAAGGAUUCCCUCCUCCUCCCUUCAGGGUCCAUCGCAAGACCGGUUGGUUGUAUCUCUCGGACAAUCUGGACUACGAGACGGAAACUACGUACCGGUUUGGAGUGUUAGCCGCCGCUAAAGAAGUGAACGCUACAGCCACGGUGAUCGUUCUAGUUUUGGAUAUCAAUGACAACGCUCCGAAAUUCAGCAGAGACGUGUACUUCUUUACACUGUCAGAGGGAAUGUCCCCACAAGGUCUGGCAGGACAAGUCACGGCCACGGAUAAGGACUCUGGGAAAAACGCCCAGCUGUCCUACAUCCUGCUAUCGGACGGGAGGUUUUUCCGCAUCGAUUCCAAAACAGGUGAGAUCAUCAACUGGGUGGCGUUGGAUCGGGAGCAACACAGCCAGCACGCCCUCAAGGUGAUGGUCACGGAUCAGGGAAGUCCACGUCUCAACGCCACCACCACUGUCCAAGUCCUGGUCACGGACAUAAACGACAACACACCGCAGUUUACGCACCUUCCUGCUAGCAAGGAGCGCAAUGUUCAGAUAUUAGCAGGUAUACCGACAGGAACCCUGGUGACAAACAGCUUCGCCAAAGACUCGGAUGCGGGGGAAAAUGGAACCGUCACUUUUACGCUGGUUACCCUCGGCGUCCAAGGUCAACGUUUGAGACAUUUCGAGAUUGACGGUAAAAGCGGAGACAUCAGGACGACGUCCCUUUUUGAGAGAAACGUCGAAGCAGGUUACACCCUUAAAGUGACCGCGAGGGAUGGAGGAACAUCGCCACUAGAGGCCGCUGCUGUCAUUCAUGUGCAGGUCUACAUAGACGAGGACCAGUUUGGACAUCCCGAGUCGCCAGUCCUGAGACGUUUCUCCGUAAGAGAGGACGUGGCUCCGGCCGCCGUCAUCGGCUCAGCCGGCAUCUCCCAUGAAGUGAAAUACCGCUAUUCCGUCGCAGAGGGAGACGGGAGCGUCUUUUUUGGGAUUGACGGCGAGUCAGGGGACGUCUACGUCAACCGGCCGCUGGACUAUGAGUCAGCCGUGCAGUUCACGCUCACGGUUCUCGCUGAGGACCAGGGCGGGACGGGGAAUGUGACGGUACAGGUGUUGGUGAUGGUGGAGGACGUCAAUGACCACGCCCCCUUGUUCCUGGAUAAGCUGGCAACCUUUGCUUUGAGAGAAGACGCCGCUAUCGGUUCACUGGCGUUCGCCUUUCACGCAACAGAUGCCGAUGGCACAUACGCCAACAGCGCCCUGCGCUACUCCGUAACCUUUGACCCGGGCCUCGGCGGGCCGUCUUCUGGCUUCCCCUUUCAAAUGAACCCUCGCACCGGCAGUUUGACCGUAGCGGCGCCGCUGGACCGCGAGACAAGCCCUGCCUUCGCUUUCACCGUGACCGCCGCCGACCAGGACGGGAGGCAGGCGUCCGUGGCGGCUCAGGUCUUCCUGCUGGACGUCAACGACGGGCGGCCCGUGUUCGUGUCAGCCGAGGCGGUCCAGGUGAUGGAGGACGCGGCGGUGGGGAGUCUGGUGCAUCGUUUUGUGGCCAUGGACGGAGAUGAAGGGGAGAACGGGGUCGUGUCCUACGUCAUCCUGGCUGGAGACCGCGAGUCAAUAUUCUCUCUGGGAGAGGACACUGGUCUCUUGCUGCUCUCCGCACCUUUGGACUUUGAGACGGAGCGUUCCCACCGACUGACGGUUGGCGCGGUGGACGGCGGCCGGCCUCCGCUCUCCUCCACUCAGACUCUGACGGUGGACGUGGUGGACGUCAACGACCGGGCGCCCGUCUUCAGUCGGGACGUCUACGCCGCCGCCGUGUCUGAGAACAUGGAGCCUGGACAAGCGGUGGUCCGAGUGUCUGCUGAUGACCACGAUUCAGAGGAGAACGCCGUGGUGUGGUAUAGUCUGUCGCCUGGACCGGGCUACGAGUUCUUCAGCAUCAACCCGUCUAGUGGACUCAUCAGCACCGCCUCCGUCCUGGACAGAGAGAAGCAGCAGCAGUUCACUCUCAGAGUCCAAGCUCGUGACAGCGGCUCGCGGCCUUUGUCGAGCGUGGCCACUGUGCUGUGUUCCGUGCUGGACGACAACGACAACCCUCCGGACUUCGCGCAGUCCUCCUUCCAGAUCAGCGUGCCGGAAAACCUGCCCCCCGGGGUCCUUCACACGGCUCAGGCCUACGACCCGGACCGAGGCGAGAACGGCACCGUGCACUACUCCAUACAAGGCGAGGACUACAGAGGUGUCUUCACUAUCGACAGUCACACGGGCGUGGUCAGGACCAUGCAGGUCCUGGACCGUGAGAACAAGCCGAACUACACGCUAACCAUACAGGCACGCGACUGCGGCCCUAGCCCUCUCAGUUCCACCACGCAGCUCCAGCUGGUUCUUCUGGACCAGAACGACAACACCCCAACCUUCACCCGCAAGAGCUACCAGGCCUCUCUCAGCGAGGGUCUCCCGGCCGGAGUGGAGGUCCUGAGCGUCACCGCCCUGGACCCUGACGAGGGGUCCAACGGCGCCGUGGCGUAUUCGCUGACAGAGGACAGCAGCCGAGGAGCCUUCUCCGUCGACGCGUACACGGGUGAGAUCCGGACCACGCGGACGCUAGACCGUGAGAGCGGGGCCCGGUUCAGCCUGAGGGUGAUGGCUACAGACGGCUGCGCUCAAGGACCGCUCAGCUCCUUUGCAUCCGUCGCCAUCCAAGUGGAGGACGUCAACGACAACGUGCCCGUCUGCGAACACAAUGCCAUCGACGCUUUCAUCUCCACGAGGACGUUUCCGAACCAGGUCGUCGCCACGGUGACGGCGACCGACGCGGACCAGGGUCCGAACGGAACGGUGGUAUUCUCCCUGUCGGACGAGGAGAAUCUCUUGGACGUUAACAGCGAGUCAGGAGAGAUUUCACUCCGACGGCGAGUGAGGGCGGGUUUCUCCGUCAAGAAGCUUCAGGUGCACGUUUCAGACCGAGGACUUCCUGCUUUGACCUCCAGCUGCUUGGUGUUUGUCCACCUAGAAGGAGAACCUCAGGGUCUGCAGUUCUCGCACAAGGUGUACAACGCCACCGUCCAGGAGAACAGCAGGGCAGGCACGUGGAUCACAACAGUCGAUGCCGGCGACCAAAGCGACAACAGACACAGAAUAUCGUACGUCAUAUUCGACGGCGAUGACGAUAACGUCUUUUCCAUCAACCGCCACACAGGUGAGAUGCGAGUGCGGAAGGACAACGCUUUGGACUUUGAGGCGGGCCCCAGCGUGGCGCUGGUGGUCCUGGCGGACAACGGGCUGCAGACGGCUCACUGCAAGGUGGUCGUGGGUCUACAGGACGCCAAUGACAACGCCCCGCUCUUUGAACAUGGCGCCUACAGGACCGCUGUGUGGGAGGGGCAAGUGCACAACACCUACAUCAUGCAGGUGUUUGCUUCCGACGCCGACGGCGGGGUGAACGGACAGGUGGACUUCUCAAUCAGGUCUGGGAACCAUAACAACGCUUUCAUCCUGGACUCCGUUCGUGGGAUACUGGCUACCAACGCGCCACUUGACCGCGAGAUCACGCCUUCGUACGAGCUAGUCAUUCAGGCCACAGACAGAGGGAAUCCUCCACUCAGCAGUAGCGCCACCAUCAGGGUCCAAGUGGUGGACAUCAAUGAUAACAGCCCUGCCAUCCCCCCAAUGGAAGCUGUUCUCAUAGCCGAGAAUCUUCCCCCAGGGCACGUGGUCGCCCAGGUGACGGCCAACGACGUGGACCUGAACCCCGCCAUCACCUUCAGCUUCUCCCGCAACGCCAGCACCCACGGCCCCUUCGCUAUGGACCGAUACACCGGCGUGGUCACGCUGACUCGAGCCCUGGACCUCGAGGAGGAGGACACGGAGUACGACCUGACCGUCUGGGUGUCGGACUCCAUCCACCAGAGCUCUGCAGAGGUCAGGGUUCAAGUGCUGGACGUCAAUGACAACGCGCCUAUCUUCACCCAGGUGUCAUACCAGGUGCAGUUGUCCGAACUUGUUCCAGAGGGCACGUUUGUCGUGAACGUGUCCGCCACCGACAGGGACUGCGGACUCAACGGCAAAGUUGCCUACAGGCUGCUCUCGUCUUCUUUACAAGGCUUCUACAUCCACGCAGACACCGGAUCUCUUUUUACCAAUAAGGCCAUCAGGUCCAUCACCAACAGCAACGCGGUCCAUCUUCUCGUUGAGGCCCGAGAUGGAGGAGACCCAGUCCGCGCCACGGUUACCUCCGUUGACGUGCUAUUGGUGGACGCCAACGACCACGCCCCUCUGUUCCAUCAGGACGUCUACAUCGUCAGCGUCUCUGAGGACACGCCCACUGGUGCCACACUUCUGACACUCUUUGCCUCAGACCAAGACUGGAGCCCUGAGAAUACGCAUUUGGACUACGCCAUUCUGAAGGGAAACGAGGAGAAGCCAUUUUGUCUCGAAGUCAAAACGACGCGAGUGGAGAAUCAGAUGAAAAAUGUUGGCGAGCUGGUUCUGUGUGACCUGUUAGACCGCGAGACCACAGAGAGCUACGUUCUGACAGUGAGCGUGUCCGACCGUGGAACGCCGGCGCUUAACAGCACUGCCAUUGUUACGGUGACCGUCACCGACUGCAACGACAACACUCCGACCUUUUCCAGCACGGAGUACCACGCGCGAGUCAGUGAAAACAGCCUUGUGGGGACCAGCCUCGUCCAGGUCCGCGCUCAUGACCCUGAUCUGGGCAUCAACGGUUUGCUGCAUUACGAAAUUGUCUCAGGGGACAGCCGAGGACGCCUUAGGCUGGACCCUCAGUCUGGCCUUUUGGUGGUCAACAGCUCACUAGACUAUGAGGAGGACCCAAAGUACGCCCUCACUAUACGAGCGUCUGACGGCGGGGAAACAUCCGUAGCUCGCAAAGUGGCUUUCACCGUGGUUUUUAUCACGGUGCUGGACGAAAACGACAACACUCCCUACUUCUUGUUCUCCACUUUUAACUGCUCUGUGCUGGAGAACCUCCCAGCAUCUACGCAUGCAUGUUCAGUCCACGCCAUCGACAAUGAUUUUGGCGUCUACGGCCAACUUACUUACUCCAUCCUUUCCUCCUGCUUCAUAGACUUCAGGGACAGCGGCCCGGAUAGGAAGGAGGCUUUCGCCAUCGAUCCCAUCACAGGCGACAUUCACACCAAGCAGACUUUUGAUUAUGAACAGGAACGCGAGUACUGCUUUGUGGUGGAAGCUAGGGACAAAGGCGACAGGGCGGAUACAGUCCGAGUGCAGAUCUCCAUCAAGGGCGUGGAUGAGUUCAGUCCUGUCUUCAGCCAGAAGCAGUACCACUUUCUUCUACCAAAAGACGCUAAGUCCAUGCAAACGGUUGGGUUUGUGAUGGCUAUGGACAACGAUGGCGGAGUGGACGGGGUGGUGGAGUACUCCCUUGUGAACCCAACGCCCUUCUUCUCUAUGAACAAAACAAAUGGCGCCAUCUAUGUGUCAGGACCUGUAUUCCGCAGGCGGGGCGGCCACGCCCCCGAGGACGAGCUUAAAUUGCUUGUGUCUGCUGGUAGUCCCCGGCUGGGUUCCAGGACUACUUCCUGUCCGGUUUUCGUCGACAUCUCCAGCUCGGCCGAGGUGCUGGUCGGAGUGGCUCUUGAUGGACACAUGCUGAGUCUGAGCGUCUCGCUGGCCAUAGUCCUGCUUGUCCUCGUCAUCUUUGUCAGCUUGGUCCUCAGAUCCAAAAUGAAAGAGGCCGCGUUAAAAAAUGCAGCUUCCGUCGCCUCAAGCAUGAACAAUGGCUAUAUUGGACAACUGGACUGUGCCAUCUCGUUGCAGGGGAUGAAACCCAGCGUGUUAGUGAGCAAGUGCGACGCUGCAAACCACGACACCCCAUCAAACUCCAGCGGUCGUGGGUCAGCAGAAGGCGAAACAGCCGAAGACCAGGAAAUCAAGUGGAUUAACGAGAAUCCCUGCCGCAAAAGAGAGAACGGGACCUCAGAGAACCCUGACUCGGCCUUGCCUGGGGAAACCAUGUCUUGUCACUCGGUCGAUGUAGGCCCUGAACACCUUUUAUCAGCCACUAACUGUUUCAUCAGCACAGAAAGCAUCCAUCACUUUAAAGAGGAGGGAGGAGGUGAGGGACUACUUCCUGUAACAAUAAGAGAAAGGGAUCUGGAGGGGAAAAAGGGAUAUGCUCUUCUUUCUGAGGCUCUCGCAUCUUCAGAUUCCUUGUCCUCGCUCAUGCGUCUGGAUGAGCGCCUGGAAGAGCGCCUGGAAGGAGGAUACAGUUGGGACUACUUGCUGGACUGGGAGCCGUGCUUCCAGACUCUGGCCCCCGUCUUUGCAGACAUCGGGAUGCUCCCGGAUGAAAAUCUCCAAAGCGGCCGCGAGGACUUCGCUACAGACCCUGGCGGCCUUAUGCACCCACCGCCGCUCAUUACGUCCGUGGCUCAGCCCGGCAUCAGGACUGUACCUUCGCGCAGACCAAAUCGAGCGCCCAGCCUGAGGAGGCGGCCCUCUUACCCCAGAUACGCAUACUCCCCGUUAGCGAGGAACACUGGACUCACUCCGACGGCAAUGACACCCACGUUCUCCCCUUCACUGUCGUCACUCACAAUCAGGACUCCCAGCGCCUCGCCGGUUGUUACUGACACCAGAGUCAGGGGUAUUCGGCUGGACUCUGGGCCACACACUGCAAGCCUGCUGGAGGCAGAAAUACAAGUAUAGCCUAUGCCAACGCCACCACCAGUUUUGUUGUCUGAGCUGACGUUUCCGUCCCAGGUUACCCAGGUGUUCCCCAGUCAUCUGUGAGACAUGGUCCCUUCAGCGUCCCCUACCUCAGGACAUAUUUUACUUGUCUUCUAUGAAUCACCACCUUAACAUGGUGGACAAGUUUGACUACCCGAUGAGCGUAGAACAGGGCUAUUCCGCUACAUAAUUAAGAGGGCCGCAGUUUCAAGAGCCCAAUGUCUCAAGGGCCAUACAUCAAAAUGUGGAUGUUUCGUCAAAAAGUGCCUCUGCAGGUUAUACUUCUUUGAGACUGUGUUUACUUAAUUGCAAAGUAAACACAUCAGCUUUUACACUGCACUGUCAAUAAAUGUAUUAUUCUUCCCUCGCUACUCGUUUCUAGCGUGUGCAGCUAGUUAACAGUAUGAAAAAAUAGAAUCUCCAGAAAUUUUGUUCGAGAAUGAUGUUUCUUCUUUUGAAUUACUUUCCUCCCUCAGUUUUAUUUCUUUACACU